UGGGGGAGUGUCGUUUCAUGAUCACCGUACGCGAGAGACUCGACUCCACUUUGGGCUGUCUACCAUCAAAUCAUGGAGUUUGAACGCCCGAUGUGUCAAGCUUAAAGUGCCUCCGACUCAUUACACAUUCUUUACCACUGACGGGGCCAGUAUUAAUAAAGUGCUUUUCGAAGUAAUCGAGAAAUUCAAAGAGCUCAACGCGAUACGCAAGGAGCGUGCGGAACAAGACCAUUUCGACGCUCUGGCACACAUGAACAAUGGUCCACAAUCCGAGCCAAAUCUCAAUGUUGGCGAGGUAUUUACGACACGUCUGGAAUCUAAAUCAGUCCUACAUAGCAGCCCAUCAGACUCAUCAGCCCUCCAUAGCAACCCAUUAGACUCCAGGUCGUGUCCAAAUCUGGAAAGCGGGGCUAUGCCCUCUAAAAGCAUACACUCAAAAUCACAUACACAACUUUUGGCUGAUGAUAUAACUCAUAUGGAAUCAAACUUCAGCUCACACCAGGGCAGGGGGAGUUCCGAACUCCUGGCCACACCUACCCAUGCACACACCCAAACGCUACUCACAACCACACCUACACACACACGUGUACCACACUCGGAUACAGCCACACACACACGGGCUCCUAUAUACACAUUGGGAUCGUCAGAAUGUGGAGAGAGUGUCUGUGGGAGUGGACGUCUGAGUUCUCUGCGGGAGUGCACUGCUCAGCCGUUGUCGAGUCGGCGUACCUCUGCGCCAGGUAUACACACAGGUGCAACGGCACACACCGCACAUAAGCUAACCACUGCCUACGCAUACUUUAUAGCCACCAAUACAGACAAAGACGGGUUUAAGGAUAUACCACUGGAAGACAGAAUACUCGAGAAAUCCAUCCUGGACGACGAACCUGUCCCCCAGGAGCCCAGCUUUGGGUUGGGAGGUUCGGUACUUUCCCGUGUGGUUGCUAGUGAAAGAGAACAUGCGGCUGUAACAGGUGAAACGAGCUUAAGCAUUGUGCCACACGCUCAGCGACGUACUGUGGCAGAAACCUGUGAGAGCGAAGUUGACAGAGACAGUCGCAGUGAACAAGUGAUUGACGCAUUAGGAGGAGAAGGGAAUUUCGGUACACCCGCCCUGCAGAGUUUGAAGUCAUGUGCAUCUGAGACGAAAGAGUUAGACAGCAAUACUACAAAUAGAUAUGGGGCCCGCGAUAGAGCUUGUACUGAUGUUGGCACGCACAGGGAUGUAAGUGAGGCGAGUCAGGUACGAGACACACAUACACGGUCACGAGGUGGAUCAGAACCAGGCUUGAGUACUCUGCAUGAUGGUAUUUUGAAUGUGAAUGAUGGGGCUAAUAGUGGGCCUCUGGAUAGGAUGCACAGUGAAACAUCGAACAGACCUGUGAAGGACAAGUCCGCCUUCGAGUGGGUUACGAUACGCCUGCCCACCCCGCCAAAGCCGUGGGAAACGCUGCCAUUUAUGGGGUCUGUGGACGAACUCACACCUGCGAGCAUAGACUGGGGCUCUUUCAAAGGUGACUUGUUCGACAUGAGCGCCAAGAAGAUAAGGAGUACAAAGAGUCCAGUGGUUACCAGUGCAGGUGCAAUGUAG